AUGCUGAAUGAGUCCCAGGUCUUACCCCAAGCCUUACCCCAUAGGAACAACCCACCUCAUAAACGACGGAGGAUAGGGGAACGUGGGGAGAUCAAAGCUGUUGAGGGCACAAGCCAGUCUGAAGAAGAGAAAGAAAAGACUGCGGCCAUGCCCCCGCAAACGGUCUACGAUCUUGAUGCCUCUGAGGAAGAAUCAGAACCUGAGUGGGAGGAUGUUAGCCUGCCUGGUCCUUCCACCACAUCUAUUUUACCUUCAAUACUUCCAGCAGGACAUGAUAUAGAUCAGGAGCCGUUGCAGAUUACCCUUGGAAAGGAAGCAGCGGACCAAGGAAAGAAAGGGGGCGUUAUCCGACGGAAACCUGUAACUGGAGCUGAAAAGAAGCUGCGCUUGGAAAUACAUAAAGUUCAUGUCCUUUGUCUUCUUGGCCAUAUUCGACUUCGGAACACUUGGUGUAAUGAUGAGGAGACCCAGGUUCGUACCAUCCCUUAUAUGUGGUGUUACGCUUGCUAA